UCAAAAAACUUCUUUGACUUUGUAGUAGGUAGCUUUUGCUUUUCUUCAUAAGACAAUAGAAACGCUCCUGAAGCAGAUAAUACUUAUUUUUGGCAAAAUGUUAUCCGCUAUGAUCAAAGACCACCAAGCAAGGCAAGCAGCAAAAAAAGAAGAGCAAGAAAAACGAAGAAAGGAGGCGAUCCUAUCUGCCAAUGAACUAACCCAGAAUCUAGUGGACCAUUUGAAUGUAGGCGUCGCUCAAGCAUACCUGAACCAAAAGCGGCUGGACGCGGAAGCGAAACAACUUCACGUUGGGGCUACAAACUUUGCCAAACAGACCCAGCAGUGGCUGACACUGAUCGAAAACUUCAACGGUUCACUUAAGGAAAUCGGUGACGUAGAGAAUUGGGCGAAAACUAUCGAAAAUGAUAUGAACGUGAUAACGACGGCUCUCGAGAUUGCAUAUAAAACAAGUCGGGAUAAAUAAAUUGAUGUGUUUAUACUAUAGG